UCUUCUAUUAAUUUUUAAUAGUUAUUUCAUUUGAUAUAAUUUUACAAAAACUUUAUAUAUAUAUACAUUUUUCAUAAAGAGAACCAUCCAAUAAUCGUAAGCUUGGUUUAUCGCGCACAUCGUAUUAGAAAAUAUUCCCUAGAUAUUCGCCGCUCUCUGUAUAUUCUUUGUUCUAUGGUUAAUACGUAGGCGUCUUUUUGUUUACUUUCAACAUUUAAAAUAUAUCAAAAUAUAUGCAUAAUUAUUUCAUUGGAUUAACAUAAAGUAAGUUCACUAAUGUUACGUUAAUAUGAAAACAACUAUUUUUAUAAGAUAUUUAUUUUUAUAAAUUAUAUUUUUUCAUACAUUAUAAAGAAAAUUGAAAUACAGAUGCAUAUAUUUCGAAUAUCUUUUUAUAUACCUUUUUUACAUUAUCAAUUGCAUUAAUCUAAGAAAAAAAUAACAUAAAAAAAUAUAUGCAAUUUAAAAUAUGAUAUAAAUAUAAAAAUGAAAAUAAUUACCAUACGAACAAUAUCAAUUUGAUAUACAUGAAUUGAACAAUUCAAUUUUGACAAGUUCUAUAUCAAUACAUAUACAGCAAUGUUAGAUACCAUGCGAUCUGUAGAAGAUUGUAAUGCUAUACGUUAUGUAUCGUAUAGAACCGCUGUAAAAAUGCAAGUAAUACAUCGAGAACUUCAAAUGCAAUAUGUACAGUUAGAAUUAAUAGCUGGUGUAUUUGAACGUCAUAGAUUAUCAAUUACAGAAAAUUCUGUAAACUUAGAUCCAAGUGAAAUAGAAGAUGUUCUUUCUGACAUUUAUUUUGCAGCUCGUAAAGAAUCUAACUUUGACUUUGAUACUGAUAACGUAACAAAGCUAGCUGUCAAUUAUAUUUUAUGUACCUUUGAUAAGCAAAAUACUAGAAGUAUUACAGUUUUUUCCGUAAAACUUGCAUUGAUAUUAAUGAGCUGCGGAAGAUUGCAAGAGAAAUAUGGAUAUCUUUAUCAACAAUUAGCCGAUCAUAAUGCUUGUCUGUCCCGAGCUGGUCUGCAUACACUAUUAAUUAAUAUCUGUAAAAUAACUGAAAUGCUUGGAGAAAAUAUGACCUAUGGAUAUCACCACAUUCAAUCACAUAUAGAUAGUUGCUUCGAAAAAUCUCAAGGAUGUUUAGGAGUUACAGAAUCAGAAUUUGCCACAUGGAUUAUGCAAGAACCACCUUUACUUGUUUGGAUAACAACAUUCAAUAGAAUGAAAUCUGCAGAACACAUUGUACACAAUAUAAAAUGUUCUUCUUGUAAAGUAACACCAGUGCAAGGACCAAAGUACUCGUGCUUAAAAUGUACUGGUUACCAUCAAUGUCAGGAAUGCUUUUUACUAGGUAAAACAACUAAUAAACAUAAGUUAAAACAUCCGGUACGGGAAUAUUGUGCAAAGACAUCAAAUCGAGAAGCAACGAAACUAAUUAUUGAAUUAAUCAGAAAUAAAUUAAGAUUGUGUCCUUCUAAAAUGGUUAUAAUGAGCACAGAGGAAUCACAGAUAAGUGCUGUUAGUAAUGUAGCAAAGCAAUCAGAUUGCUCCACAUUAAGAAGUACAAUUAAAAGGAAAAUUUUAAGUGAUCCUCAAAAGGAAUUGCAAAGCAUUAUUAUGCAUUUAGAAGAAGAGAACAAACAACUUCAAAUAGAAUUACUUGAUAUUCAGGGAGCUAGAGCGGAGAGACUUCAUCGUCAUAGAGCUACUAUUGAAUCCCAACUACAACGUUUAAAAAUAUUAAAAAAAUACUUAUUUGCAGAUCCUCCAUAUGAGGCACAAUUUAUUAAUCGUUUACAAAGCACACCUAUGCUUCCAUUGUCAUCUAGAGUUGCAGCUCUACCAUUAGAAUUUGAAUUAAGUCCAAUAAUACAUCAAGACACCCUAGAAAGACAUUUAUCUAAUGUAACUGAUAGAAACAAAAUACAAGCCUCAAGUAAUUUCAAUACAUCAUUAGACAAAAAUGAUACAAAUGGUCUUACUUGUAGUGAAGAAGCAUCUUCAAGUUCAUUUGUUAAAGCACCUAGCAGCACAUGUAUAGAAUUAAGCACAUGGAUAGGAGGAAAACGAUCGGAACUAAAUUUACCCGAUAGUGGCUUUUCUCAAUGGUUAAAUAAUGGAGAUUCUAAUUAUAAAGAUGAUAGACAAACCAAUAAACUUGCAAUAGGAAAUAUUGCUUGUAAUGAAUCUCCAAUAACAAUUUCUGAUUCUCCUGUUGGACCUCAAAGAGAUAAUACACCUUCUUCUCUACAACGACCUGAUAAGCAUUCACAACACAGUAGUUUACAAAAUAUUCAAGGAGAUCUCAAUGAUAUAUUAGAUAGAUUGCAAAACAUGGUUGCAAAUGAUUGUUUACUAGAAGAGUCCUAUGUUGUCAAUGAUAAUUGCAAAUUAAAGCGAGCAACAACAGAAAUGGAAGAUCUACUAACUGAUCUUAUUGAAGGCAUGGAAUCUCGUAAAACUAAACUUACUACUAUUGUUUGAGAGAAUUUACAAAGAUUAUUUUAUAAACAAAGACCAGAAUAAGAAGUUAAGUAUGAUAAUAAAUAUAUUAUUUUCCGUCCAUUUUUGAUUAUGAAGAACGUAAUCAUAUAAAUAUAAAAGUGUAACCAUCUUGUUUCUAAAAGUAAAUAAAAUAACAAGACUUUUUAAUGCAAAAAAUUGUAUUGUAAAUACAUAUAAAUUUGUAUUUGAUUGUAAAUAAAUAUAAAUUUGAUUUAGAUGCAUUUAAAUACAAGGUGGUAUCACUUGAAUGUAAUUGUAUAAUAAAUAUUAUAAUAUAUAUAAGCCUUUUGUAUAUCGUUUACACUAAUUUUUAUAUUUGAUACUGUUUGAAGCUACGUUUUAUUUCAUGUAAUAUAAAAAUGUAAAAAUGCAAUUUUAAUUUAAAAGAAAAAAAAAAAAAAAAAAAAGAAAAGAAAAGAAAGAAA